AGGGGCGCGAUCACGUCUCUGGUCUACCUUUGACAUAUAUACAACUACGAACGUUCACAAACACACGACACCUAGCACCGGCUACACCUAAUGCCAGGUUUCAUAAACUUACAUCAUAAGCGACUUGUCAUGACAUGAAUAAAUGAAAUUUAGUCUUUUGUAACUUCAAAUACAAACACCCGUCCAACAACUUUAUCAAUAUUAGGUUUGUGGCAGCGUUCAAACAGGCCCUGAUAUGACGAGUUGGGAAAUCUAGGUCGAAAGCACAAUCAUCUGUGUCAAUUGUAGGUCCUUGCGAGGCGACAUCACAGUCACAAAUUUAGGAGUCUUUACCCUGGACAAGACACACGCGAGGUUUCACGACAUCUCUUAUCCAGGAUGGGGGUACUGACCACAAGCUUGGCCCUGCUGUUGUUGCUGUUGAGUCUGCCUGGGUUCCAGGCCGCCAGGAUUCUCAUCUUGUACUUCCCUUCCUACAGUCACAUCCGGGGCUCUCUGAACGUGGCCACUGAGCUAGCUUCGCGUGGUCACGUGGUAUGGAAUGCUCUGUCAACUGAACUGGCCAAUAACAAGAGAAUGCAGGCACCGGGAGUCAACAUCCUCAAAUACGAGUCGGUAGAUGAUUAUGACAUUGAAGGCGAGUUGAUGCAGAAGACAAUAAACGGUUACUUCGAAGGCGGCUCUGCCCCCCUUCUCUUUGGGGAAUUUACGAAAAUAGGUGACAAGAUGUUACGAGAUACGAAGUUGUUCUCGCGAAUUGUACACCUAAAGUUUGAUUUGAUAGUUUUUGAGGCUAACCCGUUACCAAGAAUGUUGCCUAUCAUAGCCUACAAGUUGGGCAUCCCCUUCAUCUUUAUGGGGAUAGGAGUUGAACCCCAAACCAGUCGUACCCCCUUUAUUCCAUCUGCCACUCCGAACGCUAUUUUAGGGCUGACACCGAAAAUGGACUUUAGGUCACGUGUAGUGAACACGAUCAUGAUGGUGAUGAUAUUUGUUUACGACCCGUUCACCACUUACAGGCCAGUCGCGACCUAUGCCCCGGAAAAGCCUUACAUUUCCAUGGAAUCUUUGACCGCUAAAGCAUGGCUUUGGCUCCUUGAAGUGGAACCGUUUUUGAACUACAAAAGAGCUCUUCUGCCAAACGUCAAGCUGAUCGGUUCGUUAUCUACAACUAUACCGAAACCUCUCCCCGACAAAUAUAAGAAAUUUAUGGAUGAAGCCAAAGAGGGCGUUGUUAUCGUCUCUUUUGGAAGUAAUGUAAAAAGAAUUCCAGAUGAAAUCUCAAACCGACUCCUGGAAUCCUUUUCUCGAACCUCAUAUAGAUUCAUUUUCAAAUCAGAAAAAAUUGCAAGUGUUGGAUCUGAUAUCCUUAUGACCGACUGGAUGCCGCAGUCGGAUCUUCUCUCCCAUCCCAAGACCAAACUUUUUAUAACCCACUGCGGGGCCAAUGGUCAAAACGAGGCUUUCUUGAACGGAGUUCCCAUGAUUGGUUUUCCACUGUUUGCUGAGCAGCCCUAUAAUGCCAAGAAGUUAGGUUACUUUGGAUUCGGUAUCGCGAUGGAUUUGAAAACGUUUACUGUUGAUGACUUGGUGUCCAACAUCAAUGAGGUCAUUCAGAAUUCUUCCUACUCACAGAAAAUCAAGAAAGCUGCGGAAAUCACGAAGCUCCGGGAAAGAAGUGGCAAAGACGAAGCUGUUUACUGGAUAGAACACGUGCUCAAAUAUGGCGGCGCCCAUCUGAGGCCGUAUUGUCAGGACAUGCCGCUGUAUCAAUAUUUGUGUCUGGACGUCAUCGGGCUUGUCGUGUUCAUCCUCCAUGUGUGCAUUUUCCUUAUAUGGAAGUCGUGCAGCUAUAUGUGCCGGAGAUGUCGUCAACAACCAAAGACAAAACGUGAAUAAAAAAGACGACCUUAUUCAUUCUCGCUAUGUACCAUAUUAAAGAAAGGAGCCGACGGAUGGAUAGGAGUCAAGACAACAAAAUCACAAAACUAGUCCCACAGAUAGACUCAAUCAGCUGAAUCGGUCACUCACAUAAACUUGUCAUCACUGAAUGCUCUACAUUGUUCAGUUUUCUGGAUGCAUCAGCUGAGAAUGUUCUAACUGUUUGGACAAGAGAGACCUCAAUUAUGAUCAUUGUACCGCCCUAUACUGACGAAGAAUUGGGUUGUUUUACGCACGGCGAUUUACUCAUCAUAACGGACUGUUUUUGUUCACAUUUUGGAUUAUUUUAUCGUUUCAUUUCUUUUUGGAGUACACAUACAAUACGUAUACAAAACAGUUCCCAUACAAUCUGAAAUACAUACAAGUUACAAAGCAUUAUUUAUAUGAUAAUAAGAAUAAAAACUAUUCCAUGUCAGGAGAACAAGAACUUAUUGGAAUUGUAGAAGUGGCUUAUCCGAAUAGAUGGUGACAAAGUGACCAAACUACCAAAAACAACGAACUCGAUGUUACAUGAGUUGAUUAUUUCUUGUUUGGUGUUGUUUUGUAAUAUUAUAUGGUCUAUAAGAUGUAGAAAGUCUCCACUGAAGUAGUGUUCAUAAUUUGGCCGGGAUGUUCCCUUUGCUUAUCUUCGUAUUUUGCCAUAAUGGCUGUGACGUGGAUCCAACAUUGCUUGCCAAGACUUAGGAAGAAUCAGAGAAACCAGGCUUUAGGAAGACUGCAUGCUGUUUGUGAUCUGGUAUCGUUGGUGUAAUCUGUCGAUGGUUUUCACGGGAACAUUAAAAACAUUGACAACAACUCGUGCAGUCUGACCAGCAUGCAGUCGUCCUAAAGCCUGGUUUCUAUGAUUCUUCGUUAGUCUUGGUAUGGCGCUGGUAUCGAUAGCCUAUCCACAACACUUUCGUAUUGCCCGGAAUGUUUCAAGAGUUGACAUCAGUUUUGGAGAUAUCUUCAGUUCCAUCUAAUAUAACCGAUGUAUCAUCUGCGAAUAGGGAAAUUAAAAAUGCUGUCUCAUCAAUACUUAUUCCCCUUACAUUUGUUAUUAUUACGUAGCAUUAUUGACAAAAUGUCAGCGCACAACAAGAAUAGAUAAGGAAAUAAAGUAUCACCCUGUCUUCAGCCUCUUGUUGCCAUAAAUAUGAAGCGAAACCGUUUACCGAAACACCAGAUUUUAUGUUGUGAUGAGGAGUUGGUAUUCAGUGCUUAAAUGAAGGUCCAAAAUAUAAAACAACAAAGCUUCUUGAAUGAAAUACCAAUUUACUAAAUUUAACGCCUUUUCAAAUUCUAUUAGUAAUAACAAUCCUGGGAUGUCCAUGCAUUCAGUAUAAUCCAUGAUAUCGUAAAUUAAUUUAGUGCAUUCUCCAAUUUAUCGUUUUGACAUAAAACCCCAUUGAUCCCUCGUUAAUUACAGGAUUGUUUAAAAAUUGAUUGUAUUUGCUAUUGUGCAUCUUAUAGGAAACAUUGAUAUUUUCUAGGUGCUGCUUUGGUUUGUCCUUUUUAUGAAUGUAUGUUAUUAGCCACUGCUUUUGGCUUACUGAUAUUUCUCCUCUUUGGAAGCCAAGAUAUGAUCGUAUCAGAUAUUUGUAAAGAAAAUAUGUAGAAUUCUUCACUGUAUGCACUUUGUUCGCAUUUCAUCAUUUUUUAAAGACGUUAUUCUUAAUGUAAAUCAUCUUCAAGUUUUAAUUGUUGUGGUGGGCUUAUUUUAAUAAUAAUAAGUUAUAUAAUUCAGUUAUAUGUCCGUCCUUUGUUUCCAGCUCAACUGUGGCCCUAUUCAGGUAGGUUCCAUUUUCUGAGGGUAAAAAGUAUAUAAUAAGUUGGCUUUUCGCCCUUUUCUCUCCAUUAACCCCGAGACUGAGAUCGCAUGAUUUUCACAUGAUGUAUUUCUUCUCUUUCGUAAUUUGCAUCUUUUAGUUUCUUCAAUAUUUCAUUUUUAAUUUCUAUAUCUUUUCAUGUAUCAAGAUUAAUAUGCACUUCUUGAAUACGUUUUUGUUGGUCGUUUUCUUUCUGAUCUCGUUUUCGCUUCCUUUCAGAGGAAUAUUUAAUAGUUUGACCUCUUAUUAUCAACAAUAACGCUUCGAAAUAAAAUAUAUUAAAAGUGAUAUUAAAUCUGGCAUUGCCUUGUUCAUAGAUACAUGUUUUAUAUUUUUCUAUUGUACUUUUAAUUGCUUUUUUAGUUUUUUUCAAAAAAAGUUUCGUCGUCCAUUAGGGAGUUAGUAAACUUCCAAUAUCCCCUUCCUCUUUGGGAGACCGCCUCCGUGGUCUAGUGGACAGAGCGCAACCUCUAUCCCCGGCCGCUUCAUACCGGAAGACGUUAACAGAUAAUACGUGUUGAUACCCUGCCUGGCGUUUGGCAUUUAGGGUCUAAAACAUGGACUGGUCGGAAUGAGUGUGUCUGCGUGGGGUAUUCAUGUUAAACUGCGGCCUGGUAUCUCAAUGGUCUAGCACUGUAAAAUCGGCUUAAGCCCUGACAAGUACAAGCAGCACACACCCUCACAUCCACACCCGCUCACCCACACGUACGCACGCACACACACACACACACACACACACACACACACACACUCACACAUGCCAACGUCGCCGCUGUAUACGUGCAAUUAUCUUUAACGCGACGUUAAACCCCAUUUCACCUCACCUCACCUCCUCUAUCAAUACUAUUAAGUUUUAACGAAAUCCAAUUCGUAGAGUGAUCUUAUAGUGGUCCAACUCAAACUCAGUUUCAAGGAUUGCUGGCUAGUUUGUAUUAUUAAAGUAAAAAUAUUUUUUUCCCAACUGCAUUUUAGGGCAAGGAGAUUACUGAAUUCAUUAUCCUGAAAUUCUUUUAAUAUUUUAAAUUCAAAGUUUUCUUCAAACAUAAUAGUGUAUAUAGUAUAAAGUAUAUAGAGUAUAUAGUAUAUAGUGUCAUUAGUGUCUGUAUUAAUAUCAAUAUUUAGUUAUUAGCAUAUAGUGUAUAUAGUAUAUAGUGUCAUUAGUGUCUGUAUUAUUAUCAACAUUUAGUUAUUAGCUUAUAGUGUAUAUAGUAUAUAGUGUCAUUAGUGUCUGUAUUAUUAUCAACAUUUAGUUAUUGGUAUAUAGUGUACACAGUAUAUAGUGUCAUUAGUGUCUGUAUUAAUAACAACAUUUAGUAAUUAGUAGAUAGUGUAUAUAGUAUAUAGUGUUUUUAGUGUCAGUAUUAACAUCAACAUUUAGUUAUAAGUUUAUAGUGUAUACAGUGUAAUUAGUAUCUGUAUUAAUGUCAGCAUUUAGUUAUCCGUAAAUGUAUGUUAUAAGUGUAAAUAAAGCGACAAAACCCUUUCCACA